AUGGAUGAUCGGGAAGCUCUGGUGUACCAGGCGAAGCUGGCUGAGCAGGCUGAGCGAUACGACGAAAUGGUGGAAUCAAUGAAGAAAGUAGCAGGAAUGGAUGUGGAGCUGACAGUUGAAGAAAGAAAUCUCCUAUCUGUUGCGUAUAAAAAUGUGAUUGGAGCUAGAAGAGCCUCCUGGAGAAUAAUUAGCAGCAUCGAACAGAAAGAAGAAAACAAGGGAGGAGAAAACAAACUAAAAAUGAUUCAGGAAUAUUGGCAAAUGGUUGAGACUGAAGUAAAGUUAAUCUGUUGUGACAUUCUGGAUGUACUCGACAAACACCAUAUUCCAGCAGCUAACACUGGCGAGUCCAAUGUUUUCUAUUAUAAAAUGAAAGGGGACUACCACAGGUAUCUGGCUGAAUUUGCCACAGGAAAAGACAGGAAGGAGGCUGCGGAAAACAGCCUAGUGGCUUAUAAAGCUGCUAGUGAUAUUGCAAUGACAGAACUUCCACCAACGCAUCCAAUUCGUUUAGGUCUUGCUCUCAACUUUUCCGUAUUCUACUAUGAAAUUCUUAAUUCUCCUGACAGGGCCUGCAGGUUGGCAAAAGCAGCUUUUGAUGAUGCAAUUGCAGAUCUGGAUACUCUGAGUGAAGAAAGCUAUAAGGACUCUACACUUAUCGUGCAGUUGUUAUGUGAUAAUCUGACACUAUGGACUUCAGACAUGCAGGGACGGUGA